GUAAGAUAGAGAGAGUUGGGGAGAAGGUCAAAGUGCAAUGGUCAGAGCGCUGCCGGAUCUUAUCGCCGGCGUUGUAUCGCUGUCUCCGGCGAACUGGUGGGACGAGAUCAACCAAUCAGUUAAAUGGCAAGAUGGAAUCUUUUAUUCACUCUCCGGUGCCUUUGCACUCGUCUCCGCCGUUGCCCUUAUUCAAUUGAUAAGAAUUGAAGUGAGAGUGCCUGAGUUUGGCUGGACAACACAAAAGGUCUUUCAUCUUAUGAAUUUCAUUGUAAAUGGAGUUCGUGCUAUUGUCUUUGGAUUUCACAAACAAGUGUUUCUUUUCCAUCCCAAGGUGCUUACUUUGGUAAUCUUGGACCUCCCUGGGUUGCUUUUUUUCUCAACUUAUACACUUCUUGUCCUAUUCUGGGCAGAAAUAUAUCGCCAGGCUAGAAGUUUGCCAACUGAUAAGCUCAGAUUGUUUUAUAUUUCAAUCAAUGCUGGAAUAUACGUCAUACAGGGUGGUAUAUGGGUGUACCUUUGGAUUAAUGACAACAGUGCCAUUGAGUUCAUUGGAAAGAUAUUUAUAGCGGUUGUUUCAUUGAUAGCAGCGUUGGGUUUCUUGCUUUAUGGAGGAAGGCUGUUUUUCAUGCUAAGACGCUUUCCUAUUGAAUCCAAAGGGAGAAGAAAGAAGCUUCAUGAGGUUGGAUCCGUGACAGCCAUAUGUUUCACCUGUUUCGUCAUAAGAUGCUUUGUGGUUGUGCUGUCUGCUUUCGAUUCUGAUGCAUCGCUCGAUGUUUUGGACCAUCCAGUUCUGAAUCUGAUAUAUUACGUGCUAGUGGAGAUUCUUCCUUCGGCUCUCGUUCUCUACAUCCUGCGUAAACUGCCCCCGAAACGAGUAUCUGCACAGUACCACCCCAUCUGUUAGCUGCAUUUUUACGGUCCUCAGAGGGAAGUAUUAUUUGUUUUCCCAUGGUUGUGGCGAUUGAAGUUAGAUCAGAAAGGAGAACCCCGGUGGGAGCUUGUUUUUCUCGAACUUGUGAAGCUUAAGCUACUAUUAACCCGUAUUUUUCUCGUUUCUCUGUGGCGUGUGUGUUUAGCAUUUUGGCAUUUCAGUUGUUCAUCAAGAUUCAAGCUAAUGCCCAUAGGAUCAGUACUGUAAUGUUCAUAUAGGAUGGUGUGGGCUUUCUUUUGCCUCUUGUAGUUGUACACUCGGUGUAACUUGAUGAACUGGGCUGUCUGCUGAAAGACCGACUUUGCAAUUGUUCAUGUUUCUCCCAAGUGCAAAAACUCAUUCUGUCAUCA